AGCGAGCCUCGUGGAUAGGGCACUGGAACCAGCGUGCCUACCCUUGCCUGCCUGUGCCUCAGUUUCCACAUCUGCACAAUGGGGGUGACCAUCCCUGCCCUCCUGGGCACCAGAAACAGGUGUGAGUCUGUGGGCGUGGUGGCAGCCCGUGGGAAGCCAUAGGGCACUUUCACAGCCUUGGCCUUCACCAUGGCGGGAGGGAGACCGCAUCUGAAGAGGAGUUUCUCCAUCAUUCCCUGCUUUGUCUUUGUGGAGUCGGUGCUGCUGGGUGUCGUGGUCCUGCUGGCUUACCGCUUGGAGUUCACGGACACCUUCCCUGUGCACACCCAGGGAUUCUUCUGCUAUGACAGUACCUAUGCCAAGCCCUACCCGGGGCCUGAGGCUGCCAGCCGAGCACCUCCUGCACUCAUCUAUGCCCUGGUCACUGCUGGGCCGACGCUCACGAUCCUGCUAGGGGAGCUGGCGCGUGCCUUCUUCCCCACCCCACCUUCAGCCAUCCCCAUCACCGGGGAGAGUACCAUUGUGUCCGGGGCCUGCUGCCGCUUUAGCCCGCCGCUGCGGAGGCUGGUCCGCUUCCUGGGGGUCUAUUCCUUCGGCCUCUUCACCACAACUAUCUUCGCCAACGCGGGGCAGGUGGUGACUGGCAACCCCACGCCACACUUCCUGUCAGUGUGCCGGCCCAACUACACGGCGCUGGGCUGCUCGCCGCCCUCACCAGACCGGCCCGGGCCCGAUCGAUUUGUCACUGAACAGGGCGCCUGUGCUGGAAGCCCCAGCCUUGUGGCUGCCGCGCGCCGCGCCUUCCCCUGCAAGGACGCGGCCCUCUGCGCCUACGCGGUCACCUACACGGCGAUGUACGUGACUCUCGUGUUCCGGGUGAAGGGCUCCCGCCUAGUCAAACCCUCGCUCUGCCUGGCCCUGCUGUGCCCAGCCUUCCUGGUGGGUGUGGUCCGCGUGGCCGAGUACCGCAACCACUGGUCUGACGUGCUGGCCGGCUUCCUGACCGGGGCGGCCAUCGCCACCUUUUUGGUCACCUGCGUCGUGCACAACUUCCAGAGCCGGCCGCCCUCUGGCCGAAGGCUCUCCCCCUGGGAGGACCUGGGCCAAGCCCCCACCAUGGACAGCCCCCUCGAAAAGUUAAGUGUGGCCCAGGAACCCGAGGCCUGCAGGCCGCAUUCGACACCGGCACGGCUCACCCCAUCCAAGCCGCAGAACUGCACCCGCCGUGGCCACCUGAUCCCCAGCUGUGUGUCCUCCAGGGCCCCAGCCAUGUGUUCGUCUCCCCGUGUGCCCCGCCCUCGACUGAGGUCUGAGCCAACGCCCCUGCCGCUGCCCCUGCCCCUGCCAGCACCGACCCCCAGCCAGGGCCCCUCGCCUUCCUCUCCUGGACCUGGGGGGCCAGGCGGGGGUGGUGGACGUGGCCGGAAGCUGCUGCUGCCUACGCCCCUGCUGCGGGACCUGUACACCCUGAGUGGACUCUAUCCCUCCCCCUUCCACCGGGAUAACUUCAGCCCUUACCUGUUUGCCAGCCGUGACCACCUGCUGUGAGGCCCAACCACCCACCCAGAAUCUACCCGGUCCCCACUUCUUCCCUGCCACACGUGUGUGUGCGUGUGCCAUGUGAGUGCCAAAGCCCCCUGCCCCCAAACCAGCCGGGCCCAGGUACCAGAAGAUGGUUUGAAGAACAUCUGGGGGAACCCCCAUCCCCUCCUGCCAUCUGGGACAUCCCAAUGGGCAGAGAUGCAGGGUGGGCCCUUGCCCCUAGCAUUGCCCUUUUAAGGGCUAAACCCUGACCCCAUUGGCCAUUGCCUGGCCAAUGAGGGUCCCUAAUUCUCAGAAUUCUAACCACAAGGAGUUUGCCCCAGCCAAUGGGAGCCUGCCCCUCACUUCUUAGAAUCCUCAGGCAAGAGGGCAACUCCAGCUAGUGUUCAGCGUCUGAACAGCCAAUAGGAGCCCUUGGUUUCCAGAAUUUCUAGAGUGGGUGGGUAUGAUUCCAGUCAAUGGGGGACCGCCCGUGUCUAAGCAUGUGCAGUGGAGAGGAGGGAGAUGACGUCAUUUUUUGCCAUCCAGUCCUCUCUCGGAAUCAGGGAGUCCCGCUGGAGGGUGGGGGCAGGCUCCCCCAUAUCAGGGUCCUUGGGGGCACCCCUUCCCCUCUUAGCCCCUCCCCUGUGUGCAACCUCUCACUCAGUCCCUCCAAACUCCCUACUUAAGCAGGGCUUGCCCCAGUUCAGCGGUUUUGGGGUUCAGGGUGCUGUGUCCCCCCUCACCUGUGCCCAGGUCACCCCAAACCCUUCUGUUAUUAGGGAUUUUUUCUUGGAACACACCCCCAUUUUUCACACUGCCCCCCAUGCCUCAGCCUCAUGCAGAUGUGCCAUUAUGGGGGGCAUGGGUGGAGCAGAGGGGCUCCCUCACCCUGGGCAGCCAAAGGCAGCGGACAGAGGAGACACUGUCCCCCUUUCCUGCCCCCUCCUCAUCUUUAAUAAUGACCUGGCUUCUCAUCUUUAAUAAAGACCUGUUUGUAACAGAA